AAAGUCUGUCAAAGGCGCAAAUUAAGGAGGAUAUAACAUGAAUGUAAGGCUUAGCUACUGGUGCUGAUGAUUGUGAUGAUGGGAUCCUCUUAUAACUUUUAUCAUUCAAGAUUCAAAGCCACAACCACAUUCUAAGCCAAAAGCCAAAAGCCAAAAGCUCUUAUUAUUUACUCUAAAUAGCAGGUAGCAAAGCCUCAAUAUCCCAAACUCCCCAUCAGUACCAAGCCAAAGACUAAUCCUUUAGACCUCCAAACACACAAUCUCUCUCUCUCUCACCACCUUAAAACUUCCCACACAAUUCUCCAACUGCUUAUGGCUUGAGCAACAAACACCAAAAUUGGAACAUCAUGAUCCCAGCAUGUUUCAGCCAGCCCAGCACACCCUCAAGCACCUCUCAAGCACCCCAAAACCUCAUAACCUGCAUAUACCAAACUCAGCUUUGCAACUCUCCCACAUAUCUCACUCUCACCUGGUCCAAAACCUUCUUCUCUCACUCCCUCACCAUCCAUGCCUCUGACUCGUUCUCCUUCACCGUCUCCCUCAACCCAUCAACCUUCUCAUUCUUUCGAACCAGACCGGGCUCCAAAUCCAUCUCUCUAACCCACAGCAAAUACAAAAGAAUCAAGUUCUACUGGGACUUCACCCGGGCUGACUUCACUCACAACUCCGCCGAGGCCGAGUCAUGCUUCUACAUCGCCAUUUCUUGCAAUGCAAGGCUUGAAUUCUUUCUUGGGGAUCUUCUGGACGAUUUGAAGAGGCGAUCAGGGUUAGUUCCAACUCACAAGCUCGGCAAACCAGCACUACUGUCAAGGCGGGAACAUGUGUUUGGACACAGGAAUUACAUAUCCAGAGCUCAGUUCUUGGGAUCCAAACACGAAAUUGGAAUAGAGUGCAGUGAAGGUACACUUCGACUAAAAGUAGAUGGAAUAACAAGCCUGGUUGUCAAAAGGUUGGCUUGGAAAUUCAGAGGCAAUGAGAAGAUUUUUGUUGGCGGAGUAGAAUUUGAAUUUUAUUGGGAUGUCUUCAAUUGGGUUAAUAAUGAAGGUGGUAGUAAUGGGAACGGUCAUGGUGUGUUUGUAUUUCAAGUCGGCGAUGGUGGAGUGUGGCCGGAAAUGGUAGGUCCUGAAAAGAAGUUGAUGAGGAAGAGCUUGUCAAUGUCGACUGCUUCGACAACAGUGCCGUCAAUCGCAUCGCUGUCUCCAUCACCAUCGUGCUCGAGCGUGCUGCAGUGGGCAGAGGAAAGUAGUGAUGGGGGGAGGAGUUCAUGUUCUUCAUCAACUAGGUCAUGUGGUAGUAAUGGAGGGUUUUCUCUGUUGUUGUAUGCUUGGAAGAGGGAUUGACACUUUAUCUCUUAAAUUCCAAUGUGAUGGUUUGAAAUUGGAAAUAAUUACUCCUUCAUGUUGUAAAUUUCUGGUGUUUUUCCUUUUGGAAAUGACAUCCGAACACUCUUUUUCUACUUUCACCGCAUACCUCUCCAUUUUUUUGUUUUUUGAGAAUCUCGAGAAAAUUUAUUGAUAUAAAAAAAAAUGUUACAUCUAAUUAUGCGGAUGUAAAUCUUACCUUUUAUAGAGCCACAAAAAA